AACUAUUUAAUCGCGUCGCGUUUUAACUUUUUUACCUUCUCGUAAAGGACAGGGGCCCCACAAUGUACUAAAUUCAAUGUCUUGCUUGCCUCAUACAUGUAGUAACUUGAACUUACAUAAAUCAACCUCCACACAUUGUGCAGUAUCCACGAAUAUUUGCUGAGCACAGCCCUUUCUUCUCAUUUUAAUCAAUUCCCUUUUUUUUUUCGGGUUUUUUCUGUCAAUCGUUUGUUUGAUGUUCAUAUCAUUUGAUUGAGAGCCUUCCUACAAACUUUUCAAGGGUGUCAAGGUAUUUUGAUCCUCACCGCACAUGAUACCUGAGGUUUUGGGUGACUUUCUGCCUUGUGGGAGCAAUUGGCUGGAGACGCAGCUAUGAUAUCGCAAGUAGGAAGUAAUCCAAGAAGUUUGGAAUCUCUACCUGCAAGGCCGCCCACGCCCCCUCGAGAAAACAAGCAAGACGUAGUUGCUGAAAAUAUCCUGUCUAAUCGUCUAAAUCAAUCUGUCGAUACCCUACUAAAUCUUCAUACACCUCCGAGUCAUUCUCCCAACAAUACCAACACAACAAAUACCAGCUCGCGAAGAUUGGGAAAGAGGGUUGGGUUUUCGGCUGAAGCCGAGUAUCGCGAUGCUCCAACGUCUUUCAAUAAGGAAAACGUCCGAAAACGAGCCACACCACACUCCGGUUCUUCAUCGAAGCCUAUCAAAUCCAUCUUAAAAAGACACUCGAGCCCCUUGUCUCAUAGCUCGCUCGAUUUAUCAGCUGCCGGCAACAGCAGAGUUGGCCAAAUUAAUAUCAUAGCCAUGUUGAACACAGCCAUCAGGGAGCUCGCAGGAGCGGAUAGGGAUGCCAAGAUUGAUUCAUAUAUGUCACUAGCACAGGCGCUGAAGACCUCGAACAACUUGCCCGACCGCAUUGCCCUCCAGGAUAAGAUGAGUUUAUUCAUGCAAUUCAUACAGCGGGACAUCACAGCGAAGAGUUCGAAUGGGGAUAUUGAUUCAUCCAUGGUGAAUCAUGCCCUUACCUUGCUUUGUACCUUUUUUCAUUUCCCUGCUAUCGCCUCGAUGGUCCCUUCCAACUUCGGCGUCUUCAUCAUCGACCAUAGCAUCAAAUCCUUCGGCGAUCUCUCGGUACCUAAGGAUGUGGUUAGGCAUUUGAUGCAAGUUGUAGCCUCUCAGAACUUCUCGACAAAGGUUAUGACGGCCGAUCGUGUUGGCCGAUUGGUCACUUCUGUCCAUGAGAUUGAAAAUCAUCUAAAGGGGAAAAGCAUUAUCAUGUCCCGUAUUCUAAUAUAUCGAAAACUAAUCAAACAGUCGAGAUCUCACAUGUCUACACAUACCGACUGGCUUCUGGACUUAUUCAAUGACAUGCUUAGUAGCAUGAAGGAGAUUCGCUCCGGAGCCAUUGCGCUAGGACUGGAAGCUGGGUUUACCAUCGGUAGGGAACCCCAGUUGGCCAGAAGAGUCAUGGAAAUCCUUCAUAUGCAAGUCGAGGAUACCCAGUACCAAGAAUAUUACAGAAAGAGGGUACAGGCUAUGACAAAGGACAAGAGCAGCUUGGCCUUCGUACCUCAGAUCUGGAGCGUCGUUGUUUUGCUAGUUAAGUGUCCUGCUGACAAGUGGGAACAUUUCUGGUCGUGGUUGGAGCUUAUGCAACAUUGUUUCAACAGCGGAGACCCCAAAGCAAAAAUCGAGGCCAACUAUGCCUGGAAUCGCCUUGUCUAUGCGUUACGUUUCCACGAACUGCAAUUCUCGAGACUUGUCACUUCCAUGUCCAACGCCUUGACCGAUCAGUUGAGGAGAAAAGUCGUCAGCAAGAAGUGGCAAGAAGUGCAAAGCACGGUCAUGGCUGGCAUCUGUAAUAUGAUAUACUAUGCUUUCAAGCCAAAUUUGUCCAUAGCACAGGUUGACACCUAUUGGGAUACAUGCGUUCAAAUCAUUUUCCAGAGUUUAAUCUCUUCCACAUCAAUGGAGAAACGAAAAACUGGCCCAACUAAAGUUUCCGAGAACUUGAACUUGAAGCAAGCGCUUCCAAUGCUGAGUGGACUAUUCGACUCAUCGACACAACGACUAUGGAAAGAGGAUCGUGUUGCUGAGAACUCACUGAUCAAACCGGAUGAGCUUCCCGCAUUCGAUCCAAAAUGGGUCAGGCGAAAUGCCGCGCGAGUAUUCGGUAUCGUUGAGCCUAUCUUACAGGAAACCUUCCUGGAUCUGGCGACUUCGGACUCUCCGUCAUACAAGCUAUGGCGCACGCUUGUAAGUGCCGUGGCUGCUGCCGCGUCCAAAGAAGUCAAGGUAUCUAUUGACACGGCAACAUUCAUGGCACAUGCUUUUAGUGUACUCGCUAGGAUAUGGUCCCAAGGGCUUCAUAAAGCGGAUAUCCAGCCCGAAUUACAGCAUAAGUUCCUAGAUGCUACACACGCUUAUGUCUCGACAAUGGUCGAGUCUUUGGGCUUAUUACCUUUUACAGAAAGGCUCCUUUCCCUCCAUAAGCAGAACUCAUUCAUCCCUAUAGCAACACCUUCGCAUCGGUCAGGAAAAGGAAAAGGCCAAGGGCUUACACGAACUCCUCUCCAUCACCUCUUUUCUAUACUCUCUACGAUACCUCCUGGCAUUCCAGAUGAUGACGGCUUGCUAAACUUGGUCAGAACCGUUUUUGAUCCCUUCGUUAUCUCUCGAAUUUCUUCCCACGCCAAAAUGGACCUUGCUCGCGAAUUUUUACAAACAUUGCCUAUCGACGCAAUCUGUCCCUAUGGGCCGUGGGUUUUCAUAGCUGAUAUCCUUUCUCUAUCCGUAGACAACAGCCAGUCCAGCUAUUUGAUGUCUACUCCUGGGAGUGAUUCAGCGACUAUUGGGCACGAAUACCGCGACAUUGUCAAACACUUAGAGAGAGGUCUUCGAUCUACACCUAAUCUACCGUGGGAAAAUUGGAACACCCUAUUCCAAUUACUAGUAACUCGAGUCACCUGUGAAGUAGGAGAGACAGGAUGUGCCAUUGCAGUAGUAGAGCCGUUGGCUAAGAGCCUUAUGGAGUGCCACUCAUUAAGUCGAGACAAAACAGUGCCGUAUAUCCUUUUCAAGAGUGGUAUUGAGUUGAUUAUCACUGCAAAGCAACCUCGGGAUCGGCAAGCCCUAGAUUCUGCUCGGCGGCGCCUGUGGGGUACGUCUGUUGCCGGAUCGAAGUCGGCUUCAUCCGACCCUUUCGAAUAUCUUUAUCGUCUCACAAACCACUUCCUCGAAAAUUCAUAUACGCACCUGGAGCUUUACGAUCAAAAUGACAUUGUUGUACCUCUUCUUAAAGAGGUUGGCAAUUUCCUAGCACGGUGUAACUCUGCCUCCGUUCCCAAUCUGUUGGCUUGUUUACGGGAUGGCAUAUGUCAUUGGAUUCAAGACUCGGACAUCAAGUGUGACAGCAAACAACCUUCAGAGGUGCCUAACGCUGUUUCUUAUCUAUGGGACAAGAUCUGCAUCCUUUUCUUGGACGUUUCUUCGCCCAGCAAUCUUCAGCUUGGUGCUUUUGAAGAUCUGCUCUGUGCGGCAUUUCAAAGUAAAAAUGGAUAUAUCGUUAUCGCUGUUUCGGCCACUUGGAACUAUGCUUUUGAAAAGUUUGAUGAGAUUCCGUAUCCAGAGAAACUCAAGGAGGUCCUUCUCUCUAUUCAUCCUUACGUUGAUGUCGUCCUUCCCGGCUUGGACGUUGCAAACUACGAGUCUAGCCGACAAGAGCCAUCUUUCAUAGAAUCUCAAGAUGAUUCAGAGGGUCCGGCCCAGAACCUGAGCGGUGCCGGCCAACUUAAUACACCAGAAAGGCUGCUAUCAUCUGGGCGAUCUGGUAGCCCUGGAUCUGUUCAGCUUUCAUUGCCGACUAAACAUCGCGAUGACACCACACCUAAUAUUUCUCGGCCAAGAUCCGCCAAGUCUAACGUAACACCUAGGCUAAGACACGAUAAUUCCCAAAUUCAGUUUGCACCCAUAGAAUCUUCGCCAAGUCACGACGCGAAAGAGUCUCAGCUAUUGACAGACCGACAGAAGGAAACCCGCGAACGGCAACGGGAAAAUGCUGCUCUGUAUUCUGAUGUCCGAGUUAGCACAGAGAAGCAAAAAUCUCCUCAGCCAAUAUAUCGACCAGCGUCUCAGCAUUCAGGCCAAGCACAGCAUCCAUGCCAACCGCGCGCUAUUACACCCCAACUUGAUCAUGUUGAAGAUUACGUGUCUUCUACCCCAACACCCCGCCGAGGUCAAGCCCCUAUUAGUUAUGAGGAUCAAGAGAUGACUGAUGAUAUUCCCUCAUCGCCACCAAAGCCUUGCCGGAACCUGCUCCCCCAGAUGAAACCUGGAUGUUCUCAAAACAGCAGCGUGUUCGAGGGUUUCCCAAUCCUAUCUUCACCCGUUUCAGGGUCGCCAGUGCCAAAGCGAACAAUAUCAACCGAUGAAGAGAACACAAAACAGGCAGUUGCAGGCGAUGUCGAAGACGAUGUUGCAGACGAUAUUGAACAUGACGUUGAAGAAGAUAUUGAAGACGAUACAAUGGAAUUCGCAAAUCAUGGAAAGGUCGAUGAAUCAGUAGGGUCGAAACCAGAGCUAGCGCUUACACCUGUAGGAAACGGUUCUCCUAGGCAUGUUACUCCUCGAGGGACGGCGAGCCCACGCAUCACUCGUUCUUCGAGUAAGGCAAUGGUCUCAUCCCCUCGGUCUGACUCGGAGGCGUACGUCGACGCUCCCAGCAGCCCAUCUCAAACAUCACGGGCUCUUCGUAGCAAAUCAAAGGCCAAUCAAGCUAAAAAUAGCGAGGCGCCUGUCUCUCAGUCCAAAGACAUCUCCUUCGAACUUAGCGAUGGUGAAGAAAGAAGUAUGGCGCGUUUAGUAAUCCCGCUCGAUUCUAGUAAAUGCGAGCCGCUGCCUGGAUACGGCAAUAAAUCGCCAAAAAAGCUAAAGGAAACGGGUGGUGUGUCCUUGGAAUGUAUUACGGUCCAGACGGUGUCAAAGAGAUUGCGGAGUAGGUCCAAAAAGGGCGAGAGUAAUCAAACGUCGCCAGUCAUGUCCCCGGCGUCUCCUGAGGUAGAGGCCUCGCAUCCGUCGAACAGAAGGGCAAAAAGAAAGAGGAAGCGGCACGCUGAGAGAGACCAGGAAUUCGUUGGCAGCAGCAAGAAGCAGAAGCAUGGCAUGCAUGCAGAGCCUGAACCAGUAACUAAUAACACAGUUUCUGGGGAUAUUGAUGCAGAUGCAAUGGAAAUGGAAAUGGAAAUGGAUGCGGCAAUGGAGGAUGGUUUAGAGCUGGACAAGGAAGCUUCUUUGAGCUCUUCGCCUCUGUAUUUCAGCUCCAGUCCCCCUGACCGUGAGUCUGACACAGAGGCGGUGAAUCUACAAAUCAUUACCGAAGCAUCACAGCAGUCGGGAGCGGGGGCUUCGAGUCCAACAGGUUCCCAGUUGGAAACAGUACUAAUUGGUACGGAUACUGAGAUGGAGGGCCAAGGCGUGGAGGAACAGAGUGCUGCGCCGAUAAUGCCGCAGGCAACAGAGAUUGCUAUGCAGCAGGCACCUACAAUUAAAGAAGCAGUGCCGGAGAAACCAUCGGCAGAUGUAAUUAUGAAGGCCUUGAUGGAAAGCCUUCAAGGUCUCCGCACGGCAACGUUGACGAGAGAUGAGGUGAACAGGAUUGAAGACGUGUUCUUUGACAUCAAGAAAGAGUUGUAUCAAGCAGAGAGCCGGAGCCGGAGCCGGGAUAGGUUUUCAUGAGGAAAGGGGUUCGAUGAACACUGAGCUGAGGACUGGCAUGACUCAGACUCGUUGUAAAUUCAUGAGAGAAUAAGCAUGGGCAAGGAGUUUCAGGUGACAUUAAAAGACGGUGUGUUCACCCAGUUGAAUAUACGAUACCUAGGGUACUAAGUAGGUAGCUACAUAAUGUAUUUUAUAAUACUCGAGCUACGUGGACUUGAAAGUGAAAGUGAGAAUGAAAGUGAGAAUGCAAAUGAGAGGUUUGGUUUGGCUUUCUUGAUGUCCCGAAUU